AUGACUGAAGAAGUUUCUGACAUCACUUCAAUGCUGAUUCCUAAUAAUGAAGAGCUGUUUCUUAUACCAAAGAUAGCACCAAAAAGAAGGAAAUAUAAAAGUGUCCUUGAAUUAGUACAAGAAUAUUUCCAUGUGAAUGAUAAGCAAGCUGGUCUUCUUCAGACAGUUUUCGUAUGUAGCUAUAUGGCAUUAGCACCACUUUUCGGUUACCUCGGAGAUCGAUUUAGUCGCAAAAUAAUGAUCAUAUUAGGUGUAUCACUUUGGUCCAUGACGACUGUAGCUGGAUCAUUUGUCCCACCGAAUCUCUUUUGGCUAUUUGUGUUAUUGCGUAGUUUAGUCGGUGUCGGCGAAGCUUCGUACUCCUGCGUUGCUCCGACAAUUAUUGCUGAUUUAUUCACAAGUGACAUGCGAACAACAAUGUUGGCCGUUUUCAAUAUCGCUGUUCCACUCGGCGGUGGACUGGGGUAUAUUGUUGGAUCAUAUGUAGCCAAAGCGUUCCAUAACGAUUGGCGAUGGGCUCUACGAGUCACACCUGUGUUUGGUGUUAUUUGUGUUAUUUUGUUGUGUUUCUUAGUAAAAGAACCACCACGUGGUGAUGCGGAUGGUGCUCAGAUGCAGAAACGAUCUAAUUGGUUUUUUGACGUAAAACAAGUUCUAAAAAUAAAAACUUUCAUUUUAAUAACGCUCGGAUUUACUUGGGUAUCAUUCGCAUUAGGAUCACUUUCUUGGUGGGGACCAAUUUUCCUUCAAAAAGCACAUCGAGCAGAAGGUGGUACCGUUGACCCAAAAGAUAAAUCCAAUGUAGCACUCUAUUUUGGUAUGAUUACCUGUGGAGCUGGUAUACUUGGUGUAGUACUUGGUAGUGAAAUUGCCAAAAGAUAUCGGAAAUAUAAUCGUCGUGCUGAUCCAAUUGUCUGUGGUAUUGCUAUUCUUCUUGCAAUGCCGUUCUUAUUCUGUGUACUAUUACUUGCAAAAGAUCAUCAGAUUUUAACAUGGAUCUUUAUUUUUAUUGCUGAAACUUUAAUGUGUAGUAAUUGGGCAUUGAUUUCUGAUAUGUUAAUGUAUAUUAUCAUUCCAACUCGACGUGCAACGGCAAGCUCUAUUCAAAUCUUCAUAAUGCAUCUUUUUGGUGAUGCAUCUAGUCCGUAUAUCGUUGGGCAAAUCAGUGAUUAUUUUCAGCAGGGCGCAGAUGACAAGCUAACACCGUGGAUUGCAUUGCGGAAUGCAUUAAUGAUCACACCUUUUGUUGCGACAGUCGGUGGCGCUGCUUUUCUGUUUGCAGCAGUAUUCAUUAUUCGAGAUCGUCGCCGAGCAGAACAAACAAUCGAAUCCCUGAGACCGUCGAAUGAUUACGGAUUAACAGAAAAGGAUUAG